GCGCUACAUCUAAAUAAAGCCGAAAAUCGCGUUUAUUUAUAGCCUAAAUUAAUAAAUUAUUCCGUAAAAACAAACAUCUAUAUUUAAAACAAUAUUAUUUCGCCAAAAAUCGCAAAAAAUCGUAAGUUAAAAUACAAACUGUCAAACGUCAAACUAAGGUCAACCUUAUUUUAUAUACAAACUUCAGUUUUGUUCAAACGUUUAUUAUGUCGUUAAAAAAUUAAAAAAUAUUAGGAAAUCUACAAAAUAUAAAUGAAAAUGAGCAAGCACAUGUAUUCCACCGCUAAUCUUAGCGACAAAGAGCUUAAGGAGCAGGGCAAUCGUAUGUUUAGCUUAAGAAAAUAUGAGGAUGCAGUUAAUUGCUAUAGUAAAGCUAUUAUUAAAAACCCAGAUGUAGCCCAUUAUUUCACCAAUAGAGCACUGUGUCACUUGAAACUGUUACGAUGGGAUCCAGCCUGUACAGACUGCCGUAGAGCUUUAGAUAUGGAUCCUAACCUUGUAAAAGGGCAUUUUUUCCUAGGACAAGCCUUAUUAGAGACUGAAAAUUAUGAUGAAUCCAUUAAACACCUACAGAGAGCUGCGGACUUGGCAAAAGAGCAAAAAAUGAACUUUGGCGACGAUAUCGCGUCGCAGUUGAGGACGGCAAAGAAAAAAAGGUUUGCAAUUCAAGAGGAGAAGCGAAUCACUCAGGAAAUUGAACUACAGAGUUAUUUAAAUAGGUUAAUAAAUGAAGAUAAAGAAGCCCAAAUAAACAAAAUAAAAAAAUACGUGGGCGAAUUGGAAUGUACGGUGGAAAAAAUCGCCGAAAUCGAGGAAAAACAUGAGAAUUAUUUAACUGAGCUGAACUCUUUGUUUGCAAAAAUAGAUGAAAGACGAAGGAAACGGGAAGUACCUGAUUAUUUAUGUGGAAAAAUAAGCUUUGAAAUAUUACAAGAACCUGUUAUAACUCCUAGCGGCAUUACAUAUGAUAAAAAAGAUUUAGAAGAACAUUUACAGAGAGUGGGUCACUUUGACCCAGUGACGAGAACAAAACUUACAGCUGAUCAGUUAAUUCCCAAUUUUGCCAUGAAAGAGGUUGUCGAUUCUUUUUUGCAGGAUAAUGAAUGGGCCUUGGAAUAUUAAUCAAUCAUUUUUACAUUAUGAUUUACUUUACAUUUGUUAUUUAAGCACUAUUUAGUUGUUCCUUCCAUAUGUCUAUAUAUUUAAUUUACGUAAUAAACAUUUUGAAAAAGA